AUGGCUACGCCGCGCGAACAGUACCAGAUCCCCACGUCGCAGGCAGGCGGCAGCUCCCAAGGUGCCGGUGCUAGCCGUAGCAAUGUAUUCGACACCAUGGACCCCAAUGCCGGUCUUGCGACUAUGCACUACAUCUGCGGUGACUGUGGAACCAAAUUCCCUCUGAAGCGCAACGAUCCUAUCCGGUGCAAAGAGUGUGGAUGUCGUGUUCUUUACAAAGAACGCACUAAGAGAAUGGUGCAGUUCGAGGCCCGAUAA